CUUGGAGUAUUCUUUCCAAAAAGGCUACCACAACAUGACAGGCAACACAGGACAGCCAUUUCUCCACAUGUGAGUCAGCACGACGACUUUUGACCCAUAUUCUUCUGUAAAGAAAAAUGAGCAAUGUGCUAUGAACUCUGCAUCGGCAAAAUGAAAGGCUCAACCUUUGAAGCUACAUACCGUCCAUUAACGAACAUCGAUUUUCAGUGCAUGCAACAGAAUAACUUAAUCAUUUGAUUAUUUAUAGAUUAUGAACCAUUUUGAACUUGAAUUGCAGUAAUAGCCUUAUGUUUUGAAUUAAUCAGUCCGAAGGAGUAGCAUACCUGUUCUCCAAAGUUUAAAUGUUGGAUCUCACAAGUGUUUUCUAAUGAAGCUUUUGUGUCUGUAAAUAUGUAUUAUUGUCCCUCGUUUUACUGGUCUCUGUUUGCAGCAGCUAACGGUCUUAUCCAAAGCGACCUUAGGUAACAAGUGACAAAACAGGAUUCAUCACUAUAAUGACAUGAGUCAAUUUAAAUCAGUGGAAUUUGUGCUCUUUGUGAAUUUAGUCUUUAAAAGUAUUUUAAAUUAUCCAGUAGCUUCGUGUUAACAUAGAAGCUUCAAUUUGCAUGAUAUACCCCUCAACUUUAAAAAAAUAAUUUGCGCGUGUAAUGAAAUUGUAUAUCGACCAAAUUAUUGUAAAAUUGCGUCCUCUGCUGGUUUAGACAAAAUAGGGUUCGCUAAGAAGGCUGAAUAUAAGAAGAUUUGAUUGUAAUCGAUAACACGUUAUUUAUAGCCUACCUUAAAAAUGAUCUUUGUUUAUAAUACCAGCAGCAGCUGAAUCAAUAAACUUAUUCCGUGAGUAGCGUACUUUUCUGAAAAGUAACGUUACAGUUGACAGGUAAAAAGGUCACUGAUUCACAACUUGUUGGGAAACUUUGGACACAUAUCUAUACAUUUCAAACCGGUUAUACUUAGUAACCAUCUUAAACGUUAUGAAUGACAAUGGACAACAUAUAUAUUUUUUUUCAAUGGACUACAUAUGCUGUACAUCCUCCCCUGGCAAGAGCUGUGAUGUGCGCAAACAGAAUUUGACCAAUGAAUUAAUGUAUAAUAUAAAAUCACGUGUGUAGAAGCCCGAUUAUUGGUCGUGCGCGAGGCCAUGUUUGAAACGUGUUUUUUUGCUCGCCGGCUUGUGGACUUGUCCUCAUCGCAGUGCCAGUGAGUUGUUUACGGUUACGAUUUAAUAAAUGAUGCCUGUUACACCCACGUGAUGGAAAAGACAAUACUCACGAAGAAAUGGACGUAGAUUAUCCUGAACAGGAAGCCAGUAGCUCAGAUGAGGAUGAUUAUGUGAGCUCUUCCGCAUCGGAGGAUGGAGAUACUUCAGACAUGGAUGAUGAAGACUGUGAAAGAAGGAGAAUGGAGUGUUUAGAUGAGAUGACAAACUUUGAGAAACAGUUCACAGAUCUCAAAGAUCAGUUGUAUAAAGAGAGGCUCAGUCAGGUGGAUACUAAAUUACAAGAAGUGAUAGCUGGCUGUGUUCCAGAAUACCUCGAACCCCUGGCCACCCUGCAGGAGAACAUGCAGAUCCGAACCAAAGUUGCAGGUAUCUUUCAUGAACUCUGUUUGGAGUCUGUCAGAAACAAAUAUGACUGUGAAAUGCAGGCAGAAAGCCAGCAUUGGGAGAGUGAGAAGCUCUUGCUUUUUGACACGAUUCAGAGUGAACUGGAAGAGAAGAUCAGGCGACUUGAGGAGGACAGACACAGUAUAGAUAUAACUUCAGAGAUGUGGAAUGAUGGUCUGCAGUCGAGGAAGAAUAAAAAGAAGGAUCCUCUUAGUCCCGGAAGGAAGAAAAAACCUGUCGUUGUGUCAGGACCAUACAUUGUUUACAUGUUGCAAGACCUGGAUUUACUUGAGGACUGGACGGCCAUAAGAAAGGCUAUGGCUUCUAUGGGUCCCCAUAGAGUAAAAGUGGAUGUUCCUAUGAAAACUGAGAGACAUCAUCAUGUGGCCCGUUCAGAGGAUGGACGCCUGUAUUAUGACAACAAGUGGUACAGUCGAGGUCAGGCCAUUAACAUCAACAGGAAUGACGAAUACCCCGCCAGUGCCAUAAUAACCACCAUUAACCAUGAUGAAGUUUGGUUUAAGCGACUGGAUGGCAUCAAAUCAAAGCUUUACAUCUCUCAGCUCCAAAAAGGCAAAUGCACUAUAAAACACUCAUAAACACUCUCCUUCUCUACUAUAAUCCCUCUGUUUCCUUGUGUUGUUAACUCUGCCCGCUGUUACAUGGCUCCCACUUAUGCUGGAGGGACUUGGGUCUGCAUGUUUGCUCUCCCUGUGUCAGAGCUACUAUAACUAUAUUUUUAUAUGUGUAUUAUA